CAGGGGGUGGGGUUCUAUAGCAGAGCAUGUUUCAAAAAUGUUGACUUUUGGGCUCAGCACAGUCAGACAUGGGUCUUCCUGGGAUUCAGAUGUGGACAUGGACACUGUUUGUCUUUCUGAGCUGGAUGUUUGUGGGUCAAGUGGUGGCGGAACCACAGUACAUGGUAACCUUUCCUGCGGUUCUUGAAGCUGGAGCUGAGACCAAAUUCUGUGUGAGUCUCUUGCGGCCCAGCGAGAGUCUUGUCAUGACCGUCACUCUGAUGUCCAAAGAGACGAACACAACCCUCUUCAAGGAGACAUCCAGCACAGACUUUCAUACCUGCACGCAGUUUCAGGCUCCUUUAGUGCAGAACAAUGUGGUGCAGGAAUUGGAGGUGGAGGUACAAGGCGACACAUUUCACUCAAAAGAAUUGAAGAAAGUCAUGAUCAAAGUCUACAAACCAAUGACAUUCGUCCAAACAGAUAAACCAAUCUACCUCCCUGGACAAACAGUACAUUUCAGAGUCAUUUCAUUGGACACCAAGUUUAAACCUGUCAGUCAGCUGUACGACACUAUUGAACUUGAGGAUGCUAGAGGCAACCGGAUUGGACAAUGGCUUAACACCACAGCCAAUGGUAAAAUAUUGCAACUGUCUUACUCCUUGAACUCAGAGGCCACUGAAGGAACCUAUAAAUUAAUUGUGUGGAUUGAUGGACAAAAAAACAAUCACCAUUUCAAGGUGGAGAAAUAUGUUUUGCCAAAAUUUGAGGUAAAAGUUCAAGUGGCAGAUGAGAUAAGCUAUGGAGAUGAAGAAAUCAAAGUUGACGUCUGUGCAAAAUAUACUUAUGGACAGCCUGUGCCAGGCAGCAUUGAAUUUGAGCUGUGCCGACCUCUGGGUGGUCAUUAUAGAAUUGAUUCGUUUGAUGGACAUGGACAGAGAGACCCUGACAUGUCUAUGCCGUGCUAUAGGGAGAUAAAGAAGACAGAAAAGAAUGGCUGUGCAACAUUUAGGAUCCCAAUGUUCACUUUUACUAAAAAUGCCAUAAGGUUCCUGCAGGAUAAACUGUUUCUCAAAACCAGCAUGGAAGAGGAGGGGACAGGUAUUUCACACUCACAAGGGAAAACAAUAGUGCUAUCUUACACCGUUGGAAAGUUGUCUUUUAUUGACACACCCAAGAUUUAUAACAAAGGGGCAAUUGUGGAGGGAAAAGUUAAAGCAGUUUAUUUCAAUGAUACACCUAUUCCUGACAAGCUGGUCUACUUGUUUCUGGGUGAAAGAAGGCCAGCACGAGGCCGACAGAACCUUACUACUGACAGCAAUGGUAUCGCCACUUUCUCAAUAAACACAACUAAUCACAACGACAACAUUCAACUAACAGCUAGCGUGACAUUAUUGCCGGAGCGAACAUACCGGAAUCUACACCAUGGGACUGCAGAUCACACACUAUCUAUGGUCAAGCCAUCUUCUCCUCAUUCUAAAACAGUCAGCUCUCUAGAGGUGAAGAAGAAGUUGAAACCACUUCCCUGUGAUGGAAAAGCAACCAUAUAUAUCCAAUAUGCUAUAGCAGGAGAGACCGAGGGCUUUGUGGAUGUGAUGUGGUUGAUAUUAUCCAGAGGAGCCAUUAUCGGACAACAAUUUCAUAAGGUCGCAGUGCUUAAGGAACCCGUGACUGCAGGCGAGUUGUCCUUUCAGUUGGAAGUGACUCCAGAUAUGGCACCAAUGGUCCAGAUUGUUGCUUAUACUGUCCUCCCCAGUGAGAUUGUGAUCGCCCACAGUGAAGACUUCUCCACAGAGAAAUGCUUCAGUAACAAGGUGUCAGUAGAGUUUUCUCCAUCCUCAGCUGUCCCAGGAGAGGAAACCACCUUGCAGUUAAUGGCCCAGCCAGACUCUCUAUGUGGUGUGAGUGCUGUGGACCAGAGCGUCCUCAUCAAGGAGCCGGGGAAGACUCUGAAUGUAGACCAGAUAUUUAAUUUGUUGCCUGUUAAAAAAGCAUCUGGUAUUCCAAAUGAUAUUGAAGAUCCUGUAGGGUGUAUAAAUGUGAGACAACGAAGAUAUAUUUUGCCACUCCCUGGAUAUGGCGAUGAUGACGAUUCUUACUCCGUUUUUGAGAAAUUGGGCCUGAAGAUGGCAACAAAUCUGUUUAUCAGGAUGCCAUCAUGUGUGAACUUCAAGGGAACACCAUAUCACAAGACCAUCCUUCAUGGUGAGACUUCUUCCUUUAUUACUUAUUAUGAUACAGAAAUGGCGCGUGUGCAAUUUUCUCCUGCGGACAUGGAUCAUGGAGCUGCUCCACCAAUAGAGACAGCCCGCAGUUUCUUCCCUGAGACUUGGAUCUGGGACCUGGUGGAAAUUGGAGAGUCUGGAACAAAAGAUGUGUCCUUAACUGUCCCAGACACCAUCACCACCUGGGAGACGGAAGCUUUCUGUCUGUCCCCUCAUGGUUUUGGCUUGGCUCCUCGUAAAGAGCUCACUGUCUUCCAGCCCUUCUUCCUCGAGCUCACCUUGCCCUACUCCAUCAUCCGGGGGGAACACUUUGAACUGAAGGCAACUGUCUUCAACUACCUGUCCAACUGCAUCAUGGUCAGUGUGACACCAACACCCUCUUUAGAUUACACCCUCACCCCUCUCUCUGAUGACCAGUACACUUCCUGUUUGUGUGCCAAUGAACGCAAGACCCUCAGCUGGAGCCUGGCACCCUCAGUCUUAGGAGUCAUGAAUGUGACAGUGAGCGCUGAAGCUGUGACAUCCGACACAUCAUGUAACAAUGAGAUUGUAACCGUGCCAGAGAGAGGUCGCAUCGAUGUGGUCACACGGUCUCUCAUAGUAAAGGCUGAAGGAACUGAGAUGACAAAGACUCACAACUGGCUGCUCUGCCCAAAUGAUGAUGCUUUGACAGAAGAAGUAGAGCUACAACUCCCUGAGAACAUGAUUGAUGGGUCUGCCCGGGCUUCACUAUCAGUCCUAGGUGACAUCCUGGGUCGGGCCUUGAAGAACCUGGAUGGACUGCUGAAGAUGCCGUAUGGAUGUGGGGAGCAGAACAUGGCUCUCCUGGCCCCCAACAUCUACAUCCUCCAGUACCUGAGAAACACAAAUCAGAUGACCCCAGCCAUCAAGGAAAAAGCUACCAAUUUCCUGACGAGUGGCUACCAGAGGCAGUUGAACUACAAGCAUCAUGAUGGCGCUUACAGCACAUUUGGAGGUGGAACACCGAACACUUGGUUGACUGCUUUUGUACUGAGAUCUUUCGCCAAAGCACAGUCUUUCAUCUACAUCGACCCAGCAAAGAUUGAGCAGUCAAAGACUUGGCUGGAGAGAAAACAACGUCCCAAUGGCUGUUUCCAAAAGUCAGGAACACUCUUUCACAACAGAAUGAAGGGUGGUGUAUCUGAUGAAGUUACUCUCAGUGCUUACAUCACUGCUGCGUUCUUGGAGAUGAAUAUUUCAGCUGCUCAUCCUGUGGUGAGCAAGAGCUUGUCUUGCCUCAAAGAGUCCACCAGUGACCUCAACAACACCUACACUGCAGCUAUUCUUGCAUACGUCUUCACCAUGGCUGGAGACAUAGAGACCCGUGCUCAACUACUGGAGCACCUAGACAAGGUUGCAUUACAUGACGGGGGUUUCCUCCACUGGUCUCAGACAGCAACAGAAACGUCAGCCUCUCUGUCUGUGGAGAUCAGCUCCUAUGUGAUGCUGGCCAAACUCAGUGCCUCCCCUACUGUUGAAGACCUGGGCUACACCAGCCGCAUCGUUAGAUGGCUGACAGGCCAGCAGAACAAUUAUGGAGGCUUCUCCUCUACACAGGACACAGUGGUAGCUCUUCAGGCUCUGGCUCUCUACUCCACUCUGGUGUUCAGUCUAGAGGGUUCAAGCACAGUGACAGUCCAGUCUCCCAGUGGCCAGAUGACAUUUGAUGUUAACAAUAGAAACAAACUGCUCUACCAGGAGAAGACACUGCAGGAUGUGACAGGAAAGUACAGUCUGGAGGUUAAAGGAACUGCAUGUGCUGCAAUGCAGAUUUCUCUUCAUUAUAACAUCCCAACCCCUGCUGGUGUCACCACUCUCAGUGUCAAAGUCACACCAGAGGCUGACUGCCAAUCACUGAGACCUAAACUAACUCUGAACCUUCAGUCCCUAUUUAGUGGAAAAGAGAGCAUGACAAACAUGGUGAUCCUGGAUAUCAAAAUGCUUUCUGGAUUUGUCCCACAUCCAGAGUCUUUGAAGCAGCUCAAACGCGCUGUGCUGGUGGAUCGUGUUGAAGUAAAGGAAGAUCAUGUUCUCAUGUAUUUAACAAAGUUAAUAAAGAACACACCCAUCAAACACAGCUUAGAGCUCACACAGGAGCUCGAAGUGCAGAACCUGAAGCCUGCCUUGGUUAAGAUCUAUGACUACUACCAACCAAGUGACCAGGAUGAGGUAGAAUACAUCUACCCUUGUGCUGCAGCUUAACGAGUGAAGUGAAGUCACACAUCUCAAGCCCCAGUCUCUUACUGAUGAGACUAAUGUAUCAAUACAGUUUAAUAAAGAUAAACUACAUUUAAUUUCCAUA